UAUGAUCAUCAAGUGGACGUGAAUCCAGAUGCGGCCACUCGUCGACUAUAACAUCGCAAGCUGUGUUUGACAUCGGGGAUGGAUAAGCGAAUACAGGCAGAGGUUUACGGUCGAGUAAGCGUAUUUGGUUUGAGCGCAGACUCGCAAACAACGGAUAUCUGGGUAUAUGAUAUCAUUAGGGGCUACUAAUGGUCCUGGACAAAAUAAUUACAGAUUUAGUUCUCUCUCUCUUGCCACCAUGAACGUUGCCGGUCCCUCACGACCACGACCGCUCCCUAGUUCAAGAGAAAUAGACAACCAUGAGGAAGAUCUUACUCGUAUGAUCGCUGAACUGGGUCUUUCGGACGUCGAGAGACUGCAGGCAUUAUAUGAUAAUAGAAGGCAUCGAAGAAAGGGGCUCUCAGAUCGUGAAGUUGCUUUCACAUUGUUGAUACAGAAUGCUCGAGAACUUGCGGAGUUCAAUGCUGAUCAGGCACUUGCCCAGCGACUUGCUAUUGGGGAGCCUGAUCCUGUGCCUAGGGCAGCAACAGUCGUGGAGCAAGCUGUUGCCCCUAAAUCCGCCAUCAGAAACAGUACUACAUCAAAGACACAAACAUGGAGUGAAUUGCUUGACUCCUUUCUUUCGACGCCCGUAUCGAGCGGCCAGAACACACCAAAUCCAGGUCGGGCGCCAACUAUUACAGUCAGAGCUACUCCUCGAGCUACUGGUCACAAAUGUGUGAUCUGUCAGGAUCCCAUCUUCGGAGAGGAAGUUCGGGCACCGUGUAAUCACUUUUUCGAUAUCGGCUGCAUCACCGACCUAUUCCGGUCAGCAAUGCGCGAUGAGCGCCUCUAUCCUCCUCGAUGUUGUCAUCAAAACGUUCCGCUCCCCCAAGUUCGGCCUCACUUGACGCAGGCAGUCCUCACCGAGUUUGAACUCAAGGCUCAGGAAUUUGGGACGCUGAAGCGUGUGUACUGUGUUGAAUCCACGUGCAGCCGUUUCCUCGGACCCUUACACGAGGGGGAUUCGGCGGUUAAGGUCUUUACAUGCCCAUCCCCUAAAUGUACAACGAUGACAUGUGCAAAAUGUCGCGGGAGGUACUACAGAAGAUUAACCCACUCCUGCAUUCCCGAUGCAGAGAAUGAGGGAGUGCUCAAGCUAAGCCGUGCCUCAGGAUGGUCACGCUGCCCAGGCUGCGCUCAGAUGAUCGAGCUUAGCAUGGGGUGUUACCAUAUGACCUGCCGAUGCAAGACAGAGUUUUGCUAUUUGUGCAGAGCACCAUGGAAGACUUGCAAGUGUCCAAAAUGGGACGAGUCUAGGCUGCUUGCUCCCCCACAGUGAGAGCGUGAGGCACCUGCAAUGGAACGAGUGCCCGUUUCUGGCACUGCCAAUGUCCCCUGGCCCCCGUAAAGCAUUGCUUUUGGUUUCGCGGGAUU